UCUCCAUCUCUGAGGUUCACACUCCUGUCACUGAUCAACUCAGCUCCUGUUCUUUUAUUCAUUCUCUGCCAUGCUCUCUCACUCCUCUGCUUCCCUUAUCUUCAGUCCUUCUUUCUUUCCAUUUCUCCAUCGUCACUUUUCUAUUUACAUAUGUUUUACUUCGUCUCUCUAUUUAUCAUCUCUGAAUUCUCAAUUCUCAAUUCACUAUCUCUCUCCUUCUAUCAUCACUCUACUUUCAUCCUUACCUCUGCCCCCCUCUCUCGCUCUCGCUUUCUUUCUCUUUCUUCCUGGAGGCUGCCAGUUGAUAGCAGUGUAGAGAGAGUGCCAGGGGCUAAGGAAGGCUAACAUCAGCAGAUGUCUGAAGAAAAUGACUCUGCUUGACCAGUUUGGGGGCUGGAUGAGGCAAAGAAGAGGAUCAAACAUUGGGAUUCAUUCUGCUUUCCACCACCUGCCGGGCGCCUGACUCUGAGCAUGGAAGACAACAGAACAAGAGGACCAUUGAGCACGCAGCACUGAGAAUUUCGGAGUAUACUGAUGGACUAAACUAGGUGGAUUAAUAGCCAACAACAAGGCUAGAAUGGUGACAUUAACAUUUUACUUAAAGGCUUAGAGAACCAACUAAGAGAACUACCAACUACACAAUGAAUGCCACAGAACACCAUGGGUUGAUCUCUGUGAGCUAUAACAGGAACUCCAGCACUGCUGGGACUCUGGUAUCCGUCAACAAAGACUCAGAGGGCAUUGGUCUCAAUGACUCUUCGACGGGAUGUUACGACCAGCUCCUCAUCUCCACCGAGGUCUUCCUCACACUGGGGAUUGUCAGUUUAUUAGAGAACAUCCUGGUGAUUGCCGCUAUCAUCAAGAACAAGAACCUCCACUCUCCCAUGUACUUCUUCAUCUGUUCUCUGGCCGUGGCCGACAUGCUGGUCAGCGUCUCCAAUGCCUCCGAGACAAUCGUCAUAGCCCUGAUCAACAGCGGCAACCUGAGCAUCUCGGGGUCGCUGAUAAAAAGCAUGGACAACGUGUUCGACUCCAUGAUCUGUAGCUCACUGCUGGCGUCGAUCUGUAGUCUCUUGGCGAUCGCCAUAGACCGCUACAUCACCAUAUUCUACGCGCUGCGCUACCAUAACAUUGUGACGGUAAAAAGAGCGCUGGCGGUGAUCUCCCUCAUAUGGUCGUGUUGCGUGGCGUCGGGCGUGCUCUUCAUCAUCUACUCUGAGAGCACCACUGUCCUCAUCUGCCUUAUCACCAUGUUCUUCACCAUGCUGGCACUCAUGGCCUCGCUCUACAUCCACAUGUUCCUCCUAGCCCGGCUACACAUGAAGAGGAUCGCCAUGCUGCCUGGGAACGCGCCCAUGCGCCAGCAUGCCAACAUGAAGGGCGCCAUCACCCUCACCAUCCUCCUAGGUGUGUUCGUAGUGUGCUGGGCUCCCUUCUUCCUCCACCUCAUCCUCAUUAUCUCCUGCCCCAGGAAUCCCUACUGUGCCUGCUUCAUGUCGCACUUCAACAUGUACCUCAUCCUCAUCAUGUGUAACUCGGUCAUCGACCCACUCAUCUACGCACUCCGCAGCCAGGAGAUGAGGAAUACCUUCAAGGAGAUUUUCUGCUGGUACAGCUUGCCAAACCUGUGUGUGUGUGAGCUCCCUGGGAAGUAGUGACCCUUUGAACAGCUGACAACUGCUGAGGUGGCAUCUGCCUUUGUCUCCUCACAUGAAAGAGACAGUUGAGACGUUGUAUACAGCAUGAGGUCUUUGAUGUUGGUACUGAUUGUGAUUGAUGAGGACUGAUUAGCCCUCUUUCUGCCCGUGCUCCAGGACAUGGCUGUAAAUUAUUAAAAAGUAGUUCCUCUUAACUUGUUCUGGUUACCAUGGCUCGGGUUGCCAAAGAGAAGGUUGGUUUACAUACACACUGUAAAAACAGAACACAACAGCAAUCACAUUCUUUCUCUACAGCACAAUCAGGUAUCUUUUUGUUUGUCUUGAAAAAUUCUGUUUUUAAAGUAACUGACCCAUAAUGUGAGAAGAUAUGAUGAUGAUAUGAGAAAGAUAUCUAUUUAAAUAUAAUUAGAUUAUUUAAAUAUUUAAAACAUAUUUAAAGUACUGAGUGGCAGCUGCCUACACACUAUGGUAUUUUUUCAAGGAUAACAUAUACACUGAAAGUAGUGCUCACGAGCCAAAACUGGUCAUCAAAAAUU